AUGGCUGCAUUCAAAGCCAUCUUCUUUCUUCACCUGAUUCCCUUUCUUCCUGAAGACUCUCAGACUCUCUCUCUCUGUUGGUGGCUCAUUUGGCCAAACUUAAUCUCCUUCCUUUUCCUCCUCUCUCCUAUUUGUUCUCUUUCCUCGCCCCUGCUUUGUUCUCUUCUGUGCUCUCCACUGCUUCUUUCUUCCUAUCCCUCUCUCUCUUUCUCUCUCUCCUUGCCAUCAGUUUUUCCUUUCUCUUCUAUAUCACUUUUUGUUCUUUUCUUUCUUUUCUCUGAUACUUUCUCUUUCUUCUUUUCUCGUACUAUCUCUUUUUCUCACAUCUUGUACUUUCUCUCUCCCCUCCUCGCUCUCAGUCCUUUCCCCACUCUUUUCUUCCUUCUCUCUCUUUGCUUUUCUGAAAUUAAAUCUUUCUCUCUCUCUCUGCCCCUCUCUUUCUGGACCCUUCCCUUUCUUAUUCUUUUCUCCUCUCCUCUCACUAUUUCUUUUAUCUCUCAGCUUCCUGUCUCCAAUUUUCUUUAUUCCCUUCUAAGUCUCUGUAUCAGCCAUCUUUAUUUCCCUUUAAGUCACCUUGUCAGCCAUCUUUCUUUUUAUACCUCCCUUCUAAUAUUUUUCUCUUUCUUCUUCUCAAUAUCUUUCUCACUGAAUCCUUUUCUUCUCUCUCCCACUGACUCACUCUGA